AUGAGUUUCACUAGCCCUUGCCGUUCGGCAAGAGCCCUUGCCGUUCGGCAAGGGUGUGUUUUGUUCUUGAGCUGGCUCUUGAGAGUUGAGUCUUGGGAGGAAGAGAUCGGGGCUGGUACCGUCCGGCAAGGAGGAGCCUGGAGGGAGGCUGGUUCUUGGAAUGAGAAAAAUCGGAGCUGGGCCCUUGGCAAGUUGAGGCUACACGAGCUGGACCUCUUCGAGUCUCUGGCAUCUUGGCAAGAGGGGCCGGUCCAAUUUCGGCCCAGAGUUAGCGAGGCUGCGGCCACCUUGGCUCGGGUCGAGAAGGAGGAUUGGGGCUGGUCUUUCGAAAUAGAGCUGGGUGUGUUGGGCUUGGGUGUCUUGAUCAGUUUGGAGCUGGGACCCGUUGCAACCUUUUGGGUGUCUAGAGCAAAUCAUGGCUCCUCUGUCUUGAGUUGGUUCCAAGUCUUGAGCAGUUUUUACAGAAAUUGCCGUUCGGCAAGGGCUUGGUUUCAGCUCAACCAAGCUUCGGCAAGCAAGGCAAGGUUCAGCCGACAAGGACCUGGUUUGGUGACCUGGAAUCGUGACCUUGGUGAGCUGUUCUUCAGUUUGUGUUGCGGCCCUUGCCGUUUGGCAAGUGUAGAGAGGAAGGGAAGAAAAUUGGAGCUGGGUCCGAGGUCUGGGCUUUGGGAGCUGGGCUAUUCGGUUACUUCGGCAAGUGCCUGGGCGUGA